GAGUGUGUCUUAUGCAAAAUAUAGAAUGGCGAAGACCAUUGAAUAUGGUCAGACUUCUCUGCAAAAGGUUGAGGAAGCCUUACAUAGAUUUCAUCAUUUCCAAAACAUUGAAAAGAUCGUAGUUGUUAUUCCAGAUUUUCUCUCUUUUAUAUUACAUAUCAUAUAUCGCCCUAUAUCUCUCAGUGUUCUCAAUCCAUAACGAAAGAUGAUCAAUAAGUAGCUCAGAUUAACUAUAUAUGACGUAAGGAUUAAGGGGAUAUCACAACAGCCAAUUCCAGACUAUAGAAGAAGAUGGUACUAGAAUUGGACCUCAAUGAUCCACCUCCUGUUGAGGUGGGUAACCCCUUGAGUUUUGAUCCUAACUUUGGGCAAGCUGGAGAGCACGGACUAUCUCAUAUACAAGUGGGAUCUGAUUCUGAACCCAUUGAUGAUGAACUUGUCAUAUGCUCCCCAAGGAGCUUUGCUGAGGCUAGGGACAGGGCCAGAAGGAAUCGUGUGGUGAUAGAGGUGCUUGAUGAAGAAACUGAAUUUCGAACCAGCCAUUCAGAAUCAGCCAUUAGGUUGUCUCCUAGAAGCAAUCGACGUAGAAUAACUUCAUCAAAAAUACCAAAUGCCAAUGGUGAUCUUUGCACAAACUUGGGUAAAAAUGUAGCUAGAUCUCUAGAACAGCCUGUGAGUGAGUCCCAGCCAAAGGCAUCCACCUUCAGUUGCCCAAUUUGUAUGGGUCCGUUUGUUGAAGAAACAUCAACAAAAUGUGGUCACAUUUUUUGUAAAAAUUGCAUAAAGACUGCUAUAACUUCUCAGAAACAAUGCCCUGCCUGUAGGCGAAAACUUAAAGCGAGAGACACCUUCAGGGUCUACCUUCCAACCACCGAUUAGGUGAAAGCUUAUACUGCUCUAAUCAAUGAUGCCAAAUUAUGUGGUUAGAGCUUAAUUAGAAUGAUAUUGAUGAGGGGUGAACUAGCCUUUUUGCUUCAUCUUGGAGAAAUGAACAACGAUUCUGUUCGGGACCAAUACUCCUAAAUUUUUGGGGUUAAUAUUUCUUUUGGAUUUUCCUUGAGGCUUUUGUUGGCAUACACAACCCUUAUCUUUUUCUGUUUCAGUUGGCACAGACAAAAUGGCUUUAGCAAUAUCUUUAUACAUAAGUUUUGCUUGAAGUAAAAGCUUUUAUUGGUAAAGGUUUUCAGUGUUUUUUGGUUGUCAAAUUUAUAAAUUUCGCUAGGACUAUUUCAUUAUAUAUCAUUCUCAAUUUUAUGUGUAUGGAUAGCUCGACCUGACAGAUUCUGAUUGUGGGAUAGAGUGGUGGUUUUAUUUGGUUAGAAGUGUUGUGGUUGAGCCCGCAUGGGCUAGCUCCAAUGGUUCAGGAGCUGUACACAGGAGCUCUUCACAAGGUCUUGUGUUCGACUCUCUUUGAGGGCAGCAAAUCCGGACUUAAACGACAUAUCCGGGGAUUUAUCUGGCAGCCACACAAGUCCAGUGGACACAAAAAAAAAAAAGGUGCUUGUGAAUCUUUUGCUGUGUUUGCUGUUGAUUUCCAAUAUCAGACACCAUUCUGUGGUUUCUGGCCAACUAGAGCCCUAAGUCCUUUUCGCUAGGGCUACAGAUAAUUCGUGAAUGGUUUGAGUUCGACUUGUGUAAAACUUGGUUCUAUAGCUCGGUUGGAGUUCAGUCUUAUUUUUAAACUUGUUUAGUAAAUAAGCUGAUCCCAAAUGGUAUUGGGAUAGGCUUGUGAAUAUGAACUUGUGCAGGAACGGUUAUUUUUUUUCUUCACCGGUUAUGUUUAUGAAUAUGGGUUUAUGUUGGUUUGUUUUUUUUA